AUGGCCCAGCUCCUACUCGCAAGUCCUGCUGCAGCAGGCUUCAAUCCACCUGGCUUGCUCUCUCCCUUGCCGCCGAUGGGGUUCAACAACUGGGCCAGGUAUAUGGGAGGGCUGAACGAGUCCCUCUUCGUCGAUACGGCAGAGGCAAUGAUCUCCAGAGGCCUGCUGACGGCCGGCUACAACCGCCUGAACCUCGACGACGAUUGGUCCCUCAUGGAGCGCCUACCGAACGGCUCAAUGGCGUGGGACGAGGCCAAGUUUCCCCGCGGCCUGCCGUGGCUCACCGACUUCAUUAAAUCCAAGGGGUUUAUCCCAGGCAUCUACACCGAUGCGGGGCUCAAGUCCUGUGCUGGCUACCCUGGGGCCUAUGGGUACGAGGAGAUCGAUGCGUACGACUUCGUGAACUGGGGCUUCGAGUACCUGAAGCUGGAUGGUUGCAACAUGCCAGACACCACGGAAGGGACGUACCGAAGGGUGUACGGGAAAUGGCACGACAUCCUGGCCUCGAUGUGGCCAAAACAGAUGAUCUUCUCGGAAUCUGCCCCAGCAUACUUCGCCGAGGCCAGCAACCUCAGCAGCUGGUACGCAGUGAUGGAGUGGGUGCCACAGUACGGCGAGCUCGCAAGGCACUCGAGGGACUCGCUGGUGUGGAACAGUACGAAUUAUUGGCCGGAUAUCACGGGCUGGGACUCGGUCUUGUUCAAUUACGGGCAGGAGGUCAGGCUGGCGAGGUUUCAGCGGCCCGGCUACUUCAACGACCCAGACUUCCUCAACGUGGACCAUUUCGACUACACCUUGACCGAGAAGAAGAGCCACUUUGCCCUGUGGUGCAGCCUCUCGGCGCCGUUGAUACUCAGCACGGACUUGCUGAACAUCACGCACGCCGAGGUCGAAUAUCUCACGAACAGGGACCUGAUCGCCGUGGAUCAGGACCCCCUGGUGCAGCAGGCGACUUUGGUCAGCCAGGAUAGGACCUGGGACGUGCUCACGAAGAGCUUGUACAACGGGGAUCGGUUGGUCACGGUGUUGAAUCGCGGCAACGGCUCCGGGGAUACAGAAGUGUCGUGGGCUCGGAUUGGCAUCUUCCCUGAUGAACUGCCCACGCCGUCUUCGAUCAACGUCAAGGACCUUUGGACGAACCAAACGACCUCGGUAUCCCUCGAGGCAGACGGCAUCAAGGCAUCGGCUGUGCCAUCUCGCGGCACGGCCGUCUUCCGUCUUUCGAAUCCCUCGGCCGGAAACGGCAUUCGCACCAUCCCAACCGGGCUCAUCUUCAACACCUACUCGCUCCAUUGCCUGACCGACUCGAGCUCUGGAGCUGUCACGUGGUCCAAUUGUAGCGGCACGGACGCCCAGGUCUGGAGGGUCAAGCCGGAUGGGCAUGUCAGCAGCCUGCUCAGCACCAAGAAAUGUUUGACUGUCGGCACGAAUGGUCAGCUUGCGUCUCAGGAGUCAGGAUGUGCCGUCGGGAAGGAGAACAGAUGGGACUACUUCGUCUCGGGCAACCUGAUCAAUGGCGCAUCGGGGCUGUGUCUCACUGAGAACCAGGCCGCCGCUGGUGGGAGCUCGACUGCAACGGUGGCGAGUUGCGGGUACCUGACGAACGAACAGGUCGUGGCGCUGCCUGUGGGGGUGGCAUUGUAA